CGCUUGUCGCCGCCAGCCACCGAAUCGAUGUAUCUGCGAUAUCAACGAUUGACAUUCGGUAUCAACGCUUGAACACCCUUGUAACCGGGUUUGGAGGCUGCAUUUCCAUCGGGUCCUCGCUCUGUCCGUUCCCUCCGCAUUGGUACGGUCCUCGAGACCCUUAAAUCGCUCUUUUUUUACGCUUGUUAUCCACCCACGCUCCUUUCAAUUUCAACAUGGUCUCUCCGACAAGAUCCCUGCUGCUCGCGCUUCUGACGCUGAGUGGUCUGGAUAUCACCGCAGCCGAGAGCGCAACCGAGGCGCAAGACUUGCGGGCUCGGCACUACCUUGAGGGUCGCGCAGUGAGCUCGUCUGCGAUCGCGUCCCCAGCUACCACCUCUACCACAUCAACCGUUGAGACGAGCGUUGCUAGCUCGACGACAGGUGCGGCAGAUUCCAGCACCGUAUCUGUUGAAGGCGCCCCUGUGGUGGUGGUUGUGCCAGUAACCCUCUCAGUGGACGCGUACGGCGUAACGCACACCAUCGUCGGUACGCAACCGUAUAUCCCUGGGGCUUCAACGAGCUAUAGUGCGACAGCAAAGACUGCGGAGAAGGCGUCUCCCCCGCCAGUUGUUCCUGCAUCAGCUACCACCACUGCUAGCGUCAGCACAACAAGCUCGACCACCGCAAGUGAGACCACUACGUCCCAAUCUGCGGUGCGAGCCGACAAAACCAGCCCUGUCGCAUCAGCUACUUCGGAGUCUGGCGCGAAGGUCGACACUACCACGUCUGAGAAGUCAUCCACUUCGGAAUCCGCCGUGAAGGUAGACACAACCACGCCUGUCAAGUCAUCUACAUCCGAGUCCGCCGUCAAAGUGGACACCACGACUUCCGACAAGCCAUCUUCUACGUCCGAGUCUGCUGCAAAGGUCGAUACUUCGUCUUCGGCCGUUGCUGCUGCGACUACCACUACUGGCGAUUCUCUUGGCGGCUCGCUUGAGAGCUUUGUAUCAAGCUUGCUCGCGGGCUCCACGACCGCUCCCUCUAGCGUUGGUAACAGCGCUGCCACGGCUAGCUCUGCUGUGGCGGUCCCAGAGUCCAGCACCUCUACUCCUGGAAGUACCGCCGGGAUCAUUGGCGUUCUGUCGAGUCAGACUUCUUCCACCGAGAGCUCUGCCAGCGAGAGUUCUACGGCAUCUCCUUCAGCUACCUCAGCUGUUCAGACUCCUGCAUCUCAGAGUUCUGCCACUUCUACCCCCGCUGCAAGCUCUGUGGGGAUUAUCGGCGUUAUCUCGAGCCAAAGUUCUACCGAGACAUCUACUGGAAGCUCAACUGUUUCUCCCUCUACUACUGAGAGCUCGUCUGUCCAGUCUUCCGCUGCCCAGAGCUCCGUCACAUCUACUCCCGUGGCAAGCUCUGCUGGUGUGAUUGGCCUCACUUCAAGCCAGAGCUCUUCUACCGAGAGCUCUGCCACGGAGAGCUCGACUGCGUCCCCUUCUGCUGCUCAGAGCUCAGCUUCUCAGACUUCUACCAAGCCCGUGGCAAGCUCUGGAGUGGUUGGCACUAUUUCGAGCCAGAGUUCUUCAGCCGAGAGCUCUGUUGCUGGAAGCUCAAAUGUUGCGCCCUCUACUACCCAGAGCUCCUCUGUCCAAUCUUCCGCAGCCCAGACUUCCGUCACAUCUACUCCCGUGGCAAGCUCUGCUGUUGUGAUUGGCCUCAUUUCAAGCCAGAGCUCUUCUACCGAGAGCUCUACCACGGAGAGCUCGACUGCGUCCCCUUCUGCUACCCAGAGAUCCGCAGUCCAGAGCUCUGUUGAGGCCACUGCCACUCAAGCCUCUCCUCUGGCAUCCAACUCUGCCUCUCAGACCGCUUCCAGCCAAGCUUCCACUGCCACCAGCAACGCUGCUCAGACUACUGAGGCAGCCUCUUCCAAGGCCAUUAUCUCCGCAUCUCAGGACGCCGCCUCUACGACUACUCCUGGCGCAUCGGGUCUGGUGGGUAUCCUGUCGAACCUGUUGUCAGGCACCACCUCUACUGAAGUGCCGUCGUCAGCUACUGCAUCUGGCUCGGCUACUGCACCCGUUUCCACCGCGUCAGGCUCUGUCACUGCCUCUGAAUCUGCCGUUGCCCCCGGUUCGACCGCUUUGGCGGGCUCGACGACUGUUUCCGGCUCGGUGAUUGCUUCCGAAUCCGCCAUCUCUUCUGGUUCCGCGACUGUGUCUGGCUCCGCUCCUGCGGCUGCUUCGACCGUAUCUGGAUCCACCGCUGUUUCGGGCUCGAUCUCUGCUACCGAAUCUACCUUCGUGUCCGCCUCGGCUGUCCCCUCCAGCUCGGUUCCUGGUUUGGUCAUUUCGUCUGAAUCUGCCGCCUCUAGUGCCGUCACUACGUCUGCUCCUGCUGCCUCUGACUCGGCCACGGCAUCUACGCCAGUUGUCGUCGCUGGAUCGAGCUCGGUAACUGCCACGAGUGCCAGCGCUUCCGUGGAGCCAGCGCUCCUCAGUUUGAGCAUGAGCUUGCCCACCAUCCCUCCAACCACCACCAAGGCUGUUGCUGAGACCACCACUGUGCAGCCCCCCACAUCCAGCACAGCGAACGCGGAUGAUUGGAUGCCAUCCAGCAUUCUCAUUGUCGGAACCACGACUACUACGACUGAGCCCACGGGAACUGCCACCAAAGCUGCCACCACCACGACAGCUGCUGCGCAGCUUCCUGGCUCGAUCUCUCCGGCUGGGGGCAUUCCCAACGAACCCAAGAACUCAACGUUGAUCCAAAUCGGUUUCAAUGGCAAGCUUCGGUACAGCUUCGUGGCCACGACUGCCUUGUCUUCGUCGCAGAUCUUCACGUAUGUUCCCCAGGGGCUUGAGUACGCCCUGUCGGCCAAUGGUAGUGAAGUCGUGAUGUACGACAUUCAGCCGUACGACAACUCGGCCAGCACUGGGUACAUCGCCACUGUCGCUCUGGCUUACAUCCCAUCGGGUGACGUGGACACUUUGUCGCAAAUGCUCCACAAUCCGAUUUCCAAACUGUAUGAGCAGCCCAAUCAGACUGUCAAGACAUUAAUGUCGAUGAUCGAUCCCUCGAUUCCCCUAGUUGUUAGCGCCGGGUCCUCGUCCGGUGGCGGCUCAUCUGGGAGCAGCGGAUCCGGCAGCAACAAGGGUAGUGAUGACGGAGGAUAUGACCAGUCGGAUGCCGGCACGAGCAGCAGCAGCACCACCAAGGCCAGCGCCGUUGGCAUUGGUGUCGGAGCCGUUGCCGGUGCUGCCGCCUAUGGAGCUGGUAUGUUCUGGGUGGCUCGUCGGUAUCGCAAGAAGCGUCAACUGCACCAGCGUAGCCCCUCGGCCGUGGAUCAGAUGAGCGAGGGCCGCGGAUCCGCAGCCCUUGCUGCCGGGGGCCGCAUUUCCCGUGGCAGCCAGAACAGCCGUGGCACUGGUCGGACACAAAUGAUCAGUGCGCCUGUCAUGGCUGAAAAUUCACUUGGGUGGAACUGACCAGGGUCUUUGUUUUUGUUGCGAGGUGUGUUCCAUGAUAGACUGGGGAAAUAAGACCAAAAGAAAGAAACACGGAGAAGAAAACAGAGACAGGA